UUCGGAGUAAACACUAAACAAAAAUAGUUAUAAUUUAUAGACUUACAUGAUUAUACUUUAUAUACGUCUGUUAUUUUUAUCUAGUAAAAUAUAAAUAUGAGUUCUAAAAAGGGUAAGCGUAAUUUAAGCAGUAAGCACGCCCCAAUAGCGGAAUCGGUCAGUAUAGCCUUAAAGAUACAGCUGGAUAAAUUUCUAAGUGAUGAUAAUGAAACAGAACUCAAGUUUCCAUCGUUCCUAUCAGCUCAAGAGCGAAGGUUUAUCCAUGAAACCGUUGCCAAAUUAGGACUCAAGUCUAAAUCGCGCGGGAAAGGGGUUAAUCGCUACAUAACAAUAUAUAAAAGAAUUGGCUCAACUAUUGUACAAAACGAUGCCAAAUUGAUACUUGACUCGAAUAUGAGAUGUAGUAUUACGGAGUUGUUCAAUACAUUUCCAAUCACUAGCAAAGAGAAGGAUGAUUUAAGCUGUUGCCCUGAAAAAGAAAGAAGUCCUCAAUUAGCGCACAAGUCUUUGGGACAGUUAAAUAAUGGGGUCGCUCAGAUACCAAACACAACAUAUAACCCAGAGCUAGUGAAGUUCCGAGAGAAGCUACCGGUGUAUGACCAGCGACAGGAACUCCUAAAUGCUAUCCAAAAUAAUCAGGUCAUAAUAGUGGCGGGUGCUACAGGCUGUGGUAAGACUACACAGUUACCACAGUUGAUCUUGGACUACUGUCAAGAGAAUCAUCAACCGGCGAGGAUUUAUUGCACUCAGCCAAGGAGAAUUUCAGCUGUGUCUGUCGCUGAAAGGGUGGCGUUUGAACGAAUGGAGAAGAUUGGUCAGUCCAUUGGCUAUCAAAUACGCCUGGAGUCCAGAGUGAGCCCACGGACAGUACUCACAUAUUGCACCAAUGGAGUGCUACUGAGAACAUUGAUGGCGGGAGAUACGGCUCUGACAGGUGUCACUCACGUCCUGGUGGACGAAGUUCACGAGCGAGAUAAGUUCAGUGACUUCCUUCUGAUAGCUCUAAAGGACUCGCUCACGAGGAUGAAGGAUCUCAAGCUGUUACUCAUGUCGGCUACCAUGGACACACAAAUAUUCUCCAGAUAUUUCAAUGGCUGUCCCGUCAUAACAAUACCCGGUCGAUUGCACGAAGUACAGCGCUUCUACUUGGAAGACAUAUUAAAAAUAACCAAGUAUAGUACAAAGAAGAUGGUGCAAGUUGAAAGGGAACUGAAGAGCAAACUCCAUACAGGACAGAGUUACUGGUCCCAGCUUGAGAAUCAGAAAUUAAAUCAGGAGGAGAAAGAAGUGAAGGAUGAGAAGGAGGUGCCAAUAGAUCCCGUGUUGCAAGCUGAUAUGGAUGAAUUCCUUGACGAGUGUUUCAAUGAAGGCAGUCUGGACUCGUUCAGUCAGGUUUUAUACAUGGUGAUGUCUGAGGGGGUUCCCGCGUCGUUGCCGCACUCUCGCUGUGGAAGGACGGCCCUGGUUGCCGCCGCCACCCACGGCCUGUCGCAUGUCGCGUUACAGCUGCUCAGGAUAGGUGCUGAUCCAACAGCAAAAGAUAAGAGUGGCAAAACACCGUACGACCACGCCGUAGAGAACGGCCACCACGAGUGUGCCAAGAUACUGUCGACGUUCAAUCACGACGAUGAGAACAAGAACAAUCAAGAAGAAGACGACCCAGAAGAUAACUUCCUGCUGGACGUCUACUACCACGCCUUCUCAGAGGAACUGAUAGACCACGAUCUCAUGUUGGCGUUGGUGAAACAUAUACACCUGACCAUGGCGAAGGGCAGCAUCCUGAUCUUCCUCCCGGGAUACGACGAUAUAGUCACUCUCAGAGACCUCAUACAAGGCUGCUCGGAGAUGAACACCAUGAAGUUUCAAAUAUUCACAUUACACAGCAACAUGCAAACUUUGGACCAGAAGAAGGUUUUCAAUCCGCUGCCGAGCGCGAGGAAGAUUAUAAUAUCGACCAACAUAGCGGAGACCUCUAUAACCAUUGACGACGUGGUCUACGUCAUAGACUCGUGCAAAGUGAAGGAAAAGUAUUACGAGUCCGAUGGGGGGGUUUGCUCGUUGCAAUGCGUGUGGACUUCCAGAGCGUGUUGCCAGCAACGGGCCGGCCGCGCGGGCAGGACUAAACCGGGCCUCUGCUACCACAUGUGUUCCAAACGACGCUUCAAAACACUACCUCUGAACUCGAUACCGGAAAUACUAAGAGUUCCCCUCCAAGAGUUAUGUCUCCACACAAAAUUGUUGGCGCCUGGCAACACUCCGAUAGCGGAUUUCCUAUCGAAGGCCCUCGAACCUCCGUCGUUUUUGGCUGUUCGCAACGCUGUGACGUUGCUCAAGACCAUCGGCGCGCUCACUCCGAUGGAAGAUUUGACGGAGAUCGGCCAACACCUGUUGGAUCUAACCGUGGAACCCAAACUGGGGAAAAUGUUGCUGUACGCUUGCGUCAUGAAAUGCCUGGAUCCCAUAUUGACGAUCGUAUGCAGUUUGGCCAACAAGGAACCGUUCCAGAUCUCGCUCAACCCCGAGAACAGAAAGAAAGGCAGUUCGGCGAGGAAGGAGUUCGCAGCUGACAGUUACUCAGAUCACAUGGCGUUACUGCGGGCCUUCCAAGCGUGGCAGAUGGCGCGAGCUAACGGCGCGGAAAAAGCUUUCUGUUCGAGAAAUUUAAUAUGCGGCGCGACCAUGGAGAUGAUCGUAGGCUACAGGUCACAGCUGUUGGCGCAACUCCGAGCUCUGGGUCUCGUCAAGGCUCGAGGCUCGGGCGAUAUAAAAGACGUGAAUUUGAACUCGGAGAAGUGGCACGUUGUUAAAGCGGUUCUGGUGAGCGGACUCUAUCCUUCCAUAGCGAGGGUCGACAGAGACACGUCAACACUGAGGACGUCCAAGGAAGUGAAGGUGGCGUUCCAUCCGAGCUCGACGCUACAUCGCGGCGGGGGAGUGUCGGGGUCGCAGAAGUCGGUCCAGAGCCUACCGACCGACUGGGUGGUGUUCGAGGAGAUAUCUAGAGUUGGAAGGUUUUGCUUCAUUCGCUGCAACACCCUCGUCACGCCGUUGACUGUCGCGCUGUUCGGGGGGCCGUUGAGAGUUUCGACCGCAGCGCUGUCACAGAGGGCGAAUCCACCAGGGCUGUCCAGUGACUCGGACAGCGAGGUCGAAGAGAGCAAUUCCUCUCCAGACACGGCCAUCCUGACGCUGGACGACUGGAUGGCGUUCACAGCGGACGCGUCGGACGCGAUCAGCGUGUACUACCUGCGGCAGAAGCUGUGCGCUCUAGUCAUACGCAGGAUGUCCAACCCGGCGAAGCCCAUGACACCGCUGGACGAACAGAUACUCAACGCCGUGGUGCACGUGCUGGGAGCGGAGGAGAAAAACAUAGGACUCAAUCAGCCGACCGGCAUCGGACAGAGACCGAAACCGCUCACGUUGGAUUCACCGAACUGGCGGAUGAGGGUCGACGAGGAACAGUACCGGCACGAGAACAAGUACCACCCGCAGUACAGCCACGCGGAGCUCGCGAAUAACUUCUACCAGAAUAACUACGCGUACAGGAACGGCCAGAGGAGCGGGUGGAGGGAACCGGCCCAGGGCUUCUCGCCGCAGUACGGAGGACCGAAGAGUCCGAUGUCACCGGCGAAAGCUAUGGGAAGCAUGGAAAAAUACGUCGACAGUGAAGCAAACACGCGCUACUUCGUGGUGCGAGCCGACGAAGUGCAUUCCGUAGAAGCGCUGCAAGCGAGCGCCGGCGGGUUGUUCAACCAGAACACUGCCAAGAAACUCGUGAAGAUUAAACAGGAGGGUAGCCGCGUGGUUGUUUUCUUCUCAUGUUCGGGUGCUUCCAAGUUCAUCGGCGCUGCCACCAUCACGGACGGCAGUGGAGCGACUACAGCCAGUGGUACCAACAACAACACGCCCACGCUGGAGUGGCUGUCCACACAACACGUGCCGUAUCACAUGGUUCGUCACAUCGGCAACUCUCUGACGGGCGGCGGGCGUGUGUCGUCCUCCCGGGACGGGACGGAGCUGUGCGGGCCGGCGGGGCGGGCCCUGCUCGCCGCCCUCACUGCACGACGGCGGCACGGGUACGGACACCACGCACACCCGCGACCCAUACAGAAACACGCCGCCGACGGCUAGCUCGGGGGAGGACUGUACACACACACACACGUGCAUACUGUACAUAGAUGAUCCACACACACACCACGCACAGUAGAACGUCCAGUAACGCAACACACAGAUGCAUACUAUACAUAAAUAAUCCACACACUCAUAGAAAAACACACACACACACAUUUAUAUUAGAAAAUUCAGUAACACAACACACAUGCACACUAUACAUGAGAUCUACACACACAUACAGUACUGGGAUUUUAACUAUCACAUACUGAAGUAAUUGAGUGAAGUAACUGAGUGAAGAUUUAUAUAAAGAAAAAAAAUACUUGAAUUCGUAUGUUAUACUUUGUUGCAAAUUCAAAUAAGGAAUUUUUGUGGGUUCUAUUUUCAAUAUGUCCUCGUUAUGUUUAAGUAGGCACAGACAUAAGAGCACAGAUUAUAAAGUAAUAAUUGAAAUUGGGACAGAACUCCUAUCUGUAUCUGUUGCGGUUGCAAUAUUUACUUAAAUAUUAUAAGGAUAUAAAAAUGUCUACGGAAAAAAUUAUUUUGUUCUCAAGACAAAAAAAAAUUAUUUAAUUAUUUAAACCUUUAAAACUGAACAAACGAGUAGAGUCAUUCUGGAAAACUAAAGGGAAUUUUAUUUUCAAGACUAAUAACUAACAAUAUUUAGUCACUUGAUAUUUUUUUUAAAUUAAUGCUUGAAAUACUCAAAGCUGAAAUCUGAUAUGACUUUUCAAACUAAGAUGUGUCCAUGAAUGUUACUGGGAAAUUUAACUUCUGGUAACAUAUAAGUUUGGAGCCCCGCUAGAUGUAAGCCGACCAAUUUUUUCACUUAGCUUUAUAGUUGUUGUCGUUUAGGCAAGAUUUAUUCAAUAGUAAAUUUUGUUGAAUAGUGUCCGUUGCAGGUGUGUUAUAUUUUAACAUCGGAGUGUUCAUAAGAAAAAUAUUUAUAGACGGAUUUAAUUAAAAAAAUAUAUUUAAAAAAAACAGCAAUAAUAAUAACAUGUGGGAAAUUUUACUGUUUGUAUCUGUUUUCAUUUGUAAGGAACAAAUGAUUUUUAAGAAAAAAAUUUAUGUAUGUAAGUUUGUUUUAUAUAUUUAUUAAAGUUAAUAUAUAUAUAUAUAUAUAUGUAUAUAUAUUAUUGUUUUAAAAUAGUCCUUGAUUGGAACUUACUAAGUACUGACUAUACUAUUUCCAUAGAUCAUAGAACUUGCGUAAUGACUGCGAUAUGAUCUGUGGACUCAAAGGAGUAUUCGCCGUACUUAAAUAAAGAGUAUAAAAAAAAAUUGUUUAAAAUAAAACGGAAAUAUAAUAUUGAGAUUGUUUUAUAAGUUGAGUUGACGAAUGCAUUUAAAAAGGUUGCUAUUUAAAAUACUAGUUAUAUAGGGACUCAUUUACACCGAGACUUUUUUUUUGUUUUUAAAAUAUAGAUAGACAAUUAAAUAUUGAAUUAUUUCUCGGUGUGAAUGGGACUCGUUUUUAAUUUAUUCUUUCGCUGUAGUCGCAUAUGUUGUAGAAAAUUUUGAAUUUGUAUUGUGAUGUUUAAAUCGAAUGACUAAAAGUUGCAGUUCGUGCUUUAAGUACAGUUGAGUUUGCAGUAGUACUGAGUUACACUCUUGUUUUACAAAAUGGCCGCUCUCAGAGCCGCUCACGGAUUUUUUUUUCUAAUAGCUGUGAAUUCAUAAAAUAGUGUUAUUUGUUUAAAGCGCGGAUGAAGAAAUAAACAGUUGCAUUAUA